CAACUAGUGUAGGGCGUAGGAAGCGCGAGGGGAAGAGCCAUGGCCGGCAAACAUGUCUUAAUCCAAAAAUGGGAGUCGGACGAGCACAAUUGGGAAAAUCAUAAAUCUUUGUGGGAAAGGAAAAAAUCUUUGUGGGAAAUGAAUCAUAAACCAGCUGGAGACUGAAAAAUCAAAAAACAAUGCGCGUAACCGUGUUUUUGCCAGUCGCCCACUGCGUCCAGUUCGCGGACCACCAACCCCCAUUACUCUUACCUUUAAAUAACCCACAACGAAAAACAAACCGACAACGGGAAAAACAAAAAGAUAAGUUGCACCAUUACCAAAAUCCAAUCCAUAAAUGAUGGUGCACUAUAUUGCCACAAGAUCAUCUUCUUUCCAAUCUUGUAUUUGUGACCAAUACAAUCCCAAUCUUCACAAACACCGUAUUUCUAGUGCUACUCCAUUCCCCUUUUCUCAAGAGUUCGUUUGCGCAGAAGGGGAGGAUGAGGCGGCGGAAAGCGGCGGCGCCGCCAAAAGAGGGCCGGAAGAGCGAGAAGAAGAGGAGGAAGACGCGGAGGCAGAGAGAGCCUCAGGCGAUGUCGAUGGCGGCGGUGGCGGCGGUGGUGGCGGUGGCGGCGGCGGCGGCGGCGGCGGCACUAGGAGGAGAGCUCGAGAGACGAAGCACCCAAUUUAUCGUGGUGUGCGGCGGCGGAACUGGGGGAAAUGGGUGUGUGAGAUUCGGGAGCCGAAGAAGAAGUCGAGAAUUUGGCUGGGGACAUUCCCCACUGCUGAAAUGGCCGCUCGGGCUUAUGAUACUGCGGCUUUUGCACUGAGGGGAAACUCCGCUUAUUUGAAUUUUCCCGACUCCAUUUCGUCCAUGCCUGUGCCGCUUUCCUCUUCCCCCAGGCACAUUCAGGCCGCCGCCUCUGCCGCCGCUGCCGCCUUCGCGCCGCCACCGCCACCGCUUCUUCCGCCGCCUCCCGCCGCCGUGCCCCCAGCAGAAGGUUCCACUUCCUCUACUUACAUGCAGCCCGCCGCCGAUUUCGUGGAUGAAGAUAUGAUCUUUGACAUGCCCAAUGUGCUCACUGCCAUGGCGGAAGGCAUGAUGCUUUCUCCUCCCCGACUGCACCAGCAGCACCAUGAUCAAGACGACGAUGGUGACAGUGAUCAAGGAGCUUCUGAACUGGAUCUCUGGAAUUACAAAUGAUUUGCUAUAUACAUGAUAUACAUACAUAUGUAUUAUAUUAGGUUUCUGUUAUAGGUGCAGCUGAGUUAUAUUCAGCAUCUCUGACCUUUAAGAGCUGGUUUCAACAUACUGAGCAAGAAAAUACUCAGCUAAGUUAUGACUAUUAGGGUGGAUCCUAUAUAUGAAUAUGUAUAGAGAGAUGAAGAAUGUUGUACAGAGAGAGCUGGAGAAAUGUUUCGGUUUGGGCAAUGGGGUUUGCCCAAUUGCCCAAACCAUAUAUAAAAAUGAUUACACUAGUAGUUAGUUACUUGUACAGUACAGCAUGCUUGGAAUGGCUUCCUUGUCUUGGGCCUCCCGGAUUAUUAAAAUGUAUAACCUAGGCCUUUCUUUACUUAAUUUCCAUGCUAGAAUUUGGUUAAUUCACGGUAGCAUUAGAUUGAAGGUGAUCUGCAGAGCUUGAAACUGAAUCUGUGAUUUUUAUAUGAUUCAGAAAUUUGAGUGUUGUAGUUUUUUGGUUAAUUCACGGUAGCAUUAGAAUGAAGGUGAUCUGCAGAGCUUGAAACUGAA